AGGACGUUGAUGGCUCAGAAGAGUGAAAGACGAGGCUCAGCCCUCUCCAGAUCCGGGAGAGCUGCUUCCACUCAGACGGCUGGUCUGGAGGUUUGGAGACUCAGUUCUGACGGUUCAGCUCCUCUGUCUUCUGAGUUUUCUGGUUCUGUGUUCACAGGUCUGGAUCACCGGAAGAGGCAGAGCGGCAGCCAGCAGAACCCAGAUGGUGGAUUGACAGGCCGCUCCAGAUCCAGUCAGAGAGUCGGAGAGUUGAGUCUCAGCAGCAGGGGGUCAUACAUCGUUGAGUGGAGGUGGAGUGGCUUGGGAUCGGACGGCCCAAGAGAACAGGAGGACAGUUGUGGCCUCUGGAGUUUGUCCGGGUCCGACAGCCUCCGAGAGAUGAUGUGUCCUCCGCUGCCAGGUCAGGUUCCUGUGGAGCCAGCAGUGACCGCUAAUGGCCUGAUAGCUCAGGGUGCCGUGGAGGCGUCUCCUGCCAACAAGAGCUCAACAGAAUAUAGAGAGAAGAAAGGACUUUGUGGUUUCCUCAGGAGGGUGUGGAAGGCUAUGAAACGUCAUUUCGGCUGCCGUUGUCACUGCAGUGCUGUGAAUGUUGUGGAGCCUUUCAUCCCUCCACCAGAUCUGGACCCAGAGCCUGACCCAGAUCACUCAGCCGUCAAGCACAAUCAUGAGUCCUUUGCUUCUCUCUUCGAGGUAGGAGAGAUGAUUGGGUCCGGGGGAUUUGGCAGGGUGUACGAGGGAAUGCGGAAACUUGAUGGCAAAAAGGUUGCCAUCAAGCAGAUCAGCAAGACUGACAACAAUCGUUAUCUUGCUAUACCUGGGCAUCCCGAACCUCUCGUAACAGAAGUGGCGCUGCUUCUAAUGAUGAGGCAAGAACCCAGAAGCCCCCACGUCAUACAGCUGUACGAGUGGUUUGAACACCCUCGAAAAUUCACUCUCGUCAUGGAGUACCCCGAACCUUGUGAGAGCUUGUUGGACUUAAUGCACCGUAGCUUUGAGCUUGAUGAACCAACGGCACGGGUCAUCAUGAGGCAGGCUGUGCUGGCAGUACAACACUGCAUCGAACAUGGCGUCUUUCAUAAUGACAUUCAUCCGGGAAACUUCCUGAUCAACAAAAGCACGCUAGAGCUCAAGCUGAUUGACUUUGGGUGCGGUCAGCUUCUUAGUAGUGACGGCUACGAGAGCAGAGAAUACUUUGGAUUAAGAACGUACUACCCACCUGAAGUCUUCACGGAUAGGAGAUUCCACGCCGUCCCAACAAAUGCCUGGGCUCUAGGCGUGCUGUUAUAUGAGAUGACGAACGCAUGUCCUCCUUUUAUCAGUAGAAAGGAACUCACACGGGGCAAAGUUGUAUUUGUGAACCCCAACUUAUCCAAAGGAAAUAACAAACUUGCUGUCCUUGGUGGAGGGCUUGAGCUCGUGACGUGACCCGAAGCUCGAAAUCCAACUCGCCAGGGAACUCACGCCGCCACACCAGAGAGCUCAGAGCCUGGCAACACGGGGGAUCUUGAGGACAGGAAAUCAAUCAAGAAAAAUUUGGGAUGUGCGGAGUGGAGCGGUUCAAGAGCCACACCAGGCCGCUCCGCUUAUUAUCGCUCGGCGCUUAAUGCAGUUUGCUUCGUGCUCCACUCAAAUCGCUCCAUUUCAAAUUACAUAUUAGGACUAGCCUAUGUAAGAACAGGAAUGUAGCCUACACAAAAAGUCCUGUAAAAUGAAACGAAUAAAUGGGCCUAAUAAUAUGAAUUUAAAAUUGUAUAAACAAAAAUAUAC